AUGUUCUAUCGGGCUCAGCGGGAGUCUGAUCUCGAAGGCAAUCACGGAGGACAUGCUACGCACGACUUUCUGGACUUCCAUGACCCUUCUUGGAUUAUCGACCAUCAUCGUCCCAAUCUCAUCACAAAGAUCUCCAAACCUGCCGACUCUUGGUUUAACGUACUAUUUGGACAAAAGCAUGGGACCAAUGAUGACUCAGACAAUAGUCAGGAAAGGCCUGGAAAAGGUCAUAAUGGCAAAGCUGUCGCAGAAAAGUCACAACUGAGACUCAGCAGCCAACCGCCUCGAGGAGUGACCGGUACAAUUCAAAAACAACUGGAAGAAAGAGAGAAGAGUUACAGGAUCAACUUCGCUGAGCUACAGCGCUUGCGCUUACGACAACUUCAACACAGGUUAAUGCAGCAUGCAAUCGACCUUAGAUAUGAUGCUAUGGAGCCUUCAGAGUGGGCUGAAGACCUGAGACAGUAUGUUCAAGCUCUGCAAGAUUAUGACUACAUGGGGAAACACACCUUGCAGACCCAAGACCCGUUCAUCGUAACUGGUGAGCGAUAUGUAGAUCGCCUCAUGCUCCAUGUUGCUAUGAGAGACAAGGAGGAUGAAGCAGACCCGCUGCACUGGGCAAAGCCCAUCAUCAAAUGGGAGUCGUCCGUCAGACACCCGAGGCCUAUUGGUGGUACAAGAGACGGAAACCUUCGGCAGGACUGGAUCAGGGGCUUUCGACAACGGCUAGCCGUAGCCGCCGUAGGCGGCAUCUUCCUCAUAGCGCCGAUGUGGCUGGUAGUCCUCCACAGAACGCUCUACACGGCCCUGGUUUCAACAACAGUCUUCGUGACCAUAUUUGGCCUGCUGAUGGCCUUGUUUCUUGAUGGAUUAAAGGAGGUGCUGUCGAGCACGGCUGCAUACUCGGCUGUGCUGGUUGUUUUUGUCGGCCUGACAGUUCCCAAUAACACUCCUUAG